GUGCUUCAGGGAGCAGGGAUACCUCUUCCCACUCAGAUCUUUACCUCGCCGCUGGUGCGCUGUGUCGAGACGGCCGAUUUCGUUGCGAAAGAGUUCGGCGUGAGCUCUUUGCAAGUGGAGAACGGCCUGGCCGAAUCCAUCUACGAAGCGUGGAUGCGGCAGUGGGCUGUGCCCGGUGCCAACUCCAAAUGGGGUGGGCCACCCGGAUGCGCAAUCCCUCAGGAGCGUCAGGGCAUGGACCCUCGGAGGCUACGUGGGCCACAAGUUCCACAUCCCGAGCUACGACCCGAAGCCCUCUCAGGCACUGAAACGCUGCUUUCCACGGCUGCCGACCUCCAGAAGGCGGGUUGGAGCCGAGUCGAUGGGAAGUCUCAGAGCAUCGUGCUGCUGCACGACAAAGGCUAUUGCUGGGACAACUUUGAGAUUCACGAGGAGGUGGUGGAGCGCCUCCUUAGUGUGGCCCGACGCCGGGCCUUGGAGCACGUAGGGGAGACGGUUGUCUUGGUUUCCCACGGUGGACCGACGACGUAUGCCUUGCGGGCAUUGUCACGCCAGAAGCCCAAAGGCGAAGGCGGCAUGACGGCUCUGUCGAUCCUCCGCGCGCUUCCGGACGAUAUCGAGAGUGGGAGGCCGUGGGAAGUGCUGCUGUCGAACGACGCGUCCCAUGGCCAGGCCUUUGCACACGGCGAGGAGACAAAGAUAUGCGUGAGCCAAAGUGCCAUGUCAGAUGCCUCCUCACUCUUCGAUCGUCCAAAGUGGGAGCUGACUCCGGUUCAGCAGAUCACCGUGGCGGCGCAUGCCAGGGAGCUUGGCAACGAGCAGCUGCGGGCCGGAAAGCACGAGGAGGCCUUCCAGUUGUACAAGAAGGCGUUGUUCUUGGUCGAGUUCGACGAGGACUUCCAAGAAGACGACGAGGACGAGGAUCCUCGUCCGCUCCCCCCACUGCAAGAAGUCUAUGCCGAGCGCGAGCGGUGUCUCGGGAACAUUGCGGCCUCUGCUCUGCUACUUGCCUCGGCAAGCUCCGAAGAGGAGCGCAAGCGCGAGGAAGGCUUUGCAGGCAAGGCAAAGCGGUACUCGGACCGAGCGCUGCGCUUGAACGCGGGAAGCGCUAAGUUAUGGUUUCGCAAGGGGCGGGCCGAGAUGAUGAUGACCGAUUUUACUGCAGCAUUGAAAAGCCUUACCGAGGCCGUCCGGUUGGCGCCAGCGGAUCCUGAAGUCCGGAAGUACUGGGAGGAGGCGAAAUCCGCUUGCAAGCUGGCAGAAGGUUCUCAUCGCGCAGCGGUGAAAGCGAUGGGCAGUUCUGCUCUAUGGCAGGAUGCCCAAGUGGACCGGAGGAGUGGGGCCAAGCCUCAAAAGGGCUAUGAAUCCGAGCAGGAAAGAGCAGCUCAGAUCGAAUACAACAAACGCCAACUUCUGUUUCACAUUGAGAGAAACAAGAAGAAGCCAGACGAUGAUGAAGACGAUUGCGACCAAAAUACAGAAUUGUAA